GCAGGCGAGGGUGCCUGGUUCUUCGCCAUGGGCAACGUCCUGGCUGCCAGCUCCCCGGCACCCCCUUCUGCGGUGCCGGGGCCAGGCUCUGGCUUGGUCUCGGUGCCGCCCGGCUUUGCCAUGCCCCCCGUCAGCGGGCUAGUUCCCCCACCGCAAGAACGUGCUGCAGAAGAGAAAGGUGACCAGCUUCCCAACCCAGGCACAUUUGAGGAGUGUCAUCGCAAAUGCAAAGAAUUAUUCCCUAACCAGAUGGAGGGUGUGAAACUGACUGUGAACAAAGGCCUCAGCAAUCACUUCCAGGUCAAUCACACGGUAGCGCUCAGUACGGUUGGCGACUCCAAUUACCAUUUCGGGGUGACGUACGUUGGUAGAAAGCAGCUGAGCCCCACAGAGGCUUUCCCGGUGCUUAUGGGUGAUAUGGACAACAGCGGCAGCCUGAAUGCACAGAUUAUCCACCAGUUCACCAAAAAAAUUAGCUCCAAGGUGGCCUUUCAGACGCAGCAGUCAAAAUUCGUGAACUGGCAAGUGGACAGUGAAUACCGAGGCGCGGACUUUACUGCAGCCGUCACGCUAGGGAAUCCUGACAUUUUGGUGGGCUCAGGGAUCGUGGUGGCACAUUAUCUGCAGAGUAUCACGCCGUGUCUGGCGCUGGGUGGGGAGUUGGUGUACCACCGUCGCCCAGGAGAGGAGGGAACACUCAUGUCUCUUGCUGGGAAAUACACAGCACCUAACUGGAUCGGGACCCUGACAAUAGGACAAACAGGAGCACACGCCACGUAUUACCAUAAAGCCAGCGACCAGCUGCAGGUGGGAGUGGAAUUCGAAGCCAAUACUCGCAUGCAGGACACAAGUGUGACGCUCGGCUACCAGCUAGAUCUGCCGAAAGCCAACCUGCUCUUCAGAGGCUCCGUCAACAGCAACUGGAUUGUGGGGGCGGCGCUGGAGAAGAAGCUCCUCCCCCUGCCCCUCACGCUGGCCAUGGGGGCCUUCCUCAACCACCGCAAGAACAAAUUCCAGUGUGGUUUCGGCCUUACCAUCGGUUAAGCCCAACCCACCCCCCCUUCACUCUCUGUCUCCCCCCUGCCAGUUCAGCUCACCUCACUUUCCACCCACAUCCUUGUUUGGCCAGCGGUGGCCUCCCUAG